CAAACUGCGGAAAACCUACCGUCAUCUGCAUCAACUAUGGUUCCUCCUGUCAAAAUUUCCGACUGACAUUUUGCAAAGUCCAAAGCCAAACAAGCGUCGCAAAGUCGCGAUUUUAGCACCCAAAAAACCCUCCCCUCGCAACCAUCACAGUCCGCCAUGGGACGCAGGAAGUCGAAGAGAAAGCCCCCGCCGAAGCGCAAGAACAUCGAACCGCUCGACCAGCAGUUCAACUGCCCGUUCUGCAACCACGAAAAGUCGUGCGAGGUUAAGAUGGACAAGAGUCGAAACUCGGCCCGGAUCACCUGCCGGGUGUGCAUGGAGGACUACCAGACGACGAUCAACUUUCUGUCAGAGCCGGUGGACGUGUACAACGACUGGGUGGACGCGUGCGAGACCGCCAACUAGUCGGCCGACCGACUCGGAGGUGAAGGAGGAUUUACGAAAUCACUAACUUUUAAUAAUUCAACACUGGAUAAUAUUUAUGUCGUGAAGACGAGUAGACUAGCCGCUAGACAACCUCCCGAAACUUGAAUGGAGGAAGCAUUCUUUAGCAUAAGGAACUGUAAAGGUAAUUCUGGAAUAAAGUCAAUGUAAAUCUACAUCAA